AUGGAAAACAGUUUAGAGAGAAGUAUGGAGAACAGUUUAGAGAUAAGUAUGGAGAACAGUCUAGAGAGAAGUAUAGAGAAUAGUUUAGAGAGAAGUAUGGAGAACAGUUUAGAGCGAAGUAUCGAGAACAGUUCAGAGAGAAGUGUGGAAAACAGUUUAGAGAGAAGUAUGGAGAACAGUGAAGAGAGAAGUUUAGAGAGAAGUAUGGAGAACAGUUUAGAGAGAAGUAUGGAGAACAGUGAAGAGAGAAGUAUGGAGAACAGUGAAGAGAGAAGUUUAGAGAGAAGUAUAGAGUAUAGUUUAGAGAGAAGUAUGGAGAACAGUUUAGAGAGAAGUAUAGAGAAUGGUUUAGAGAGAAGUAUCGAGAACAGUUUAGAGAGAAGUAUAGAGAACAGUUCAGAGAGAAGUAAGGAGAACAGUUUAGAGAGAAGUAUAGAGAAUAGUUUAGAGAGAAGUAUGGUGAACAGUUUAGAGAGAAGUAUCGAGAACAGUUUAGAGAGAAGUAUGUAG